AUGGACAGUCAUAGUAAUGAUGCAAAUUCUGAAGGGAUUCUUGAGAAUGUAUGGGCCAAAAUUAUCAGCAAUCAAAGAGGAGCAGAUCAUGUGAGAACAUAUGGUGAUGGUGAUGUUGCAGCAGAACAAUCAUGGGAAGAACUUCCACAACUUGAUGGAAGAGACAACAAUAAUAACGGUUCAGUGGGAAUUCUGCAGAGGCUUCCAAGCUUAGGGAGGUGGAUAUCAAUGGGAGCAGAUUUCUGGGAAGAUGUUUUAGAUGGAGUUGUUAAUAUUACACCAAAUGCAGCAACAACAACAAACAAUAACGAACAAGAUUGUAAUAAGAAGGUAGAACUAGAGAAGAGGGUGAUGAAAACAGAGAAAAAAGUGGUGACAAAGCACUACAGAGGAGUAAGGAGAAGGCCAUGGGGGAAAUAUGCGGCGGAGAUUCGAGAUUCGUCGAAGAAAGGAGCAAGAGUUUGGCUUGGAACAUUUGAGACGGCUGAAGAAGCAGCAUUGGCAUAUGAUAAAGCUGCUUUGAGGAUUAGAGGGCCAAAGGCAUACCUCAAUUUCCCAUUUGACACUGUUUCAAAAGCUAUAGAAUUUGAUCAUCAUUAUUGUAAUAAGAGAGUGUCAUCUGUGGUGUUGAAUGAGCAACCUCCAACAAAGAAGGUAGCAGGAGGGUUUCAUGAUCAUGAUGAAGAAGUAGAUGUUUUUGUGUUUCAGGAUUUAGGAAGUGAUUACUUGGAUAAUUUGCUGUCUUCUUUUUAAUUAUAUAUCA